AUGGUCGGUAUACACGAAAUACUCAAAAAGCGUCUCAUUGACACUAUAAGAUCGGUUCAACCGCCCGGAAAAUGGAAGGUGGUGGUUGUGGACGUCGCAGCUCAAAAAAUAUUACUUUCGUCAUGUAAAAUGUACGAUAUCUUGGAGGAAAAUGUAACUUUGGUGGAAAGUCUUGAAAAGCAACGGCAACCUUAUCCUACACUUGAGGCCGUGUACAUAAUUAGUCCAACUUAUGAGGCUAUUACAAAAGUAAUUGAAGAUUUUGCGAAAAACACGCCGCUAUAUGCUCAAGCUAAUCUAUUUUUCACAUCAGGGCUUGACGACAAAUUAUUUCAAAGAUUGAGCGCGUCUCCUGCUAAACGUUACAUAAAAAAAUGCAUAGAAUUGUACAUCGACUUUCAAGCUAUGGAAGCCCAGCUUCUCUCAUUGUGCGCAUCGUUAGGAGAAAAUCCAUUAAUCCGAUAUCAACGAUCUCUUGAAGCAGAUCAUCCCACCAAAACUUUACCAUAUAAAUUAGCCAUGUUGCUUCAAAGCGAAUUGGAUCAAUACAUUAAGGAUAAUCCUGAUUUUCCGCCACCUGAUAACCCCCGACCACGUGGUAUGCUCUUUAUCUGCGAUCGAACAAUUGAUAUGAAUGUACCCUUUCUUCAUGAGUUCACAUAUCAAGCAAUGGCAAAUGAUUUGCUUGAAAUUGAUAAUGGACAAAAAUAUGAGUAUAAUUACACUGAUUCAAAUGGAGAACUUGCAACAAAAGAAGCUAUUUUGGAUGAAACCGAUAAAGUUUGGGUUGAGAUUAGACAUAAGCAUAUGCAAGAAUGCAUUGAAAAAUUAAUGAAAGAUGUUCGCGAUUUCCUCGAAGAGAAUUCUAGUUUUGCUGACAAUGAAAAAGCCGCAAAUCUGAAUGACUUGAAAAAAAUGUUGGCGAAUCUUCCGCAAUUUCAAAACAUGAAAGAAAAGCUUUUCCUUCAUUUACAUAUUGCGCAAGAAUGCAUGUCGAUUUAUAAGAAACAUAAGUUAACAGAAACUGCUGCAAUUGAACAAAAUUGCGCCACGGGAUAUACUCCUGACGGCCAUAGCCCCAAAAAUGUAGUUGAAGAUAUGGUACCGUUGUUGGAUGAUCCGGUUGUAAGCUCAUACGAUAAAAUUAGAAUGCUUUUGCUCUAUAUUCUAUACAAGAAUGGCAUUCUAGAGGAAGAUCGGCGUAAAUUGCUUGCGCAUUCGGGGAUUUCUUUAGAAGAAAAUGAUGCUCUCAAUAACACGGGAUUGUUGGGUGUCAAAUUAAUAAAGUCCCCCCUGGGAAGUGAUAAGGGGCGAAAAAAUAAACAAAAACCGAGUUCCGAAGAAAGUCAAUACGACCUUUCUCGAUAUAUUCCGAAUCUCAAAACGAUUUUAGAGAGUCAUAUCAAUAAUACAAUAGAUCAUACGGCAUAUCCUUAUACUAAAGAUCCUUCGGCUGAAGUCGAUGCUGGAGGCAAGGCAGCGCCUGCACAACCAGUCUCAUUAAGAAGUGCUAAGCCAGCAUGGUAUAAGAAAGGUCAAUCGACAGAAAGCCGUGCUAGUCGUAUAAUAGUGUUUGUUGCGGGGGGCGUGGCUUAUUCCGAGAUUCGUUCUGCAUACGAACUAUCUGAAAAACAUAAUCGUGAUGUAAUAAUUGGCUCUACUCAUGUUAUUACACCUAAGAAAUUUAUUGAUGACUUGAAAUAUCUUCGUCGACCUUCCGUGGCUUAUUCGCUAUUGCAAUCUCAGUCACAGCCACAAGCGCAAGCGCAAGCGCAAUCGCAAUCGCAACCACAGCCUAACCAAAAUCGACCCCCUGUUCCCACUCAAAAUUACGGCGGCAAUCCGGUGGCGAUGAAUAAUCCUGGAUAUAAUCACGUGCCAACAUCUCCAUCACCCGGCCACAAUCCUCCUCAGCAACAGCAAGGUGGCUAUAUACCACCACCUCAACAAGGUGGCUAUCAACAAAGUAAUUAUUCAUCCCAAGGCUACGGACAUCAAGGAGGGGGCUAUCAACAGCAACCUCCACAAGGAUAUUAUCAACAACAAGGAGUGAAUUCACAGUAUGCGCAACAACAGCGACCGUCAGCAGCGCCUCUCUCUUCAACUUCUUCAGCAUCUUCAACAUCAUCUUCAAAAUCAAAGACGGGCAAAUUUGGAAAGGAAUUUCAGAAGUUUUUCAAAUAA